AUGCUGUCCGUUCGCGCCAUCCAAUCACGCGUCGGCAGUUUGCCCAUAAUAAUCUCACGGUCGACUACAACCGUCCUAUCUCCACUCGAACAAAAAUAUUUCCCGCAAAUAGGAAACCGAGAGAUCGUUGGAUUUGGUCGUAACGGGGUGCCCAUAUACUACGACGAUAAAGGAUGGCCUUACCCGGCUAUUCGUUUCCGGAACCAUGACGAGAAGAUCGAAGCUUUGCAUAAGAAAGAAGAAGGUCCUUGGGGCAAUCUGACCAUAGAUGAGGUGAAAACCCUGUAUCGUCAUAGCUUCUGCCGAACGCUGGAGGAAGCGCACGCUCCACAUGGGAUAUGGAAACUGGGACUUGCUUGGGGACUCAUGUUAAUGACUGUUGGUUGCGUCGUAUACAUCUACGUCCAAACUGUCCGUAAGUGGUCUUUUCAUUGGUCUCAUCGUUUCUUUAUCAUUCAAAUAAUUUCAGUCCUUGAAUAUCGCCACAAUGUUAUGGAACUUCCGGAAUACAAGGAAGCAAUGGUUUACAAAAAGGUAUUGGGACGUAUCGGUGGAUUCCACGAGCUGAAUGCUUUUGACGUGCAAACUCACCGCUUCAAAGAAUGA